UAUUACGAAUGGUCUAAAAUAGAGAUUAUUUUGUUCUUGGCGAGUAGAGGAUCCGUCCACUAUCUUUCUCUCACCGAACCAUUUGCUCUCUUUCUCUCUCCAAUCUACUCUCUCAAUCUCGCAAAACCGAAAAAAGAAGAAUAAAAAAUUAAAAUCAAAACUAAAGUUAAAAAGAAGUCUCCAACCCAUAAAUUAUCAUAACAAUAAUAAUAAUUAAAAAAGAAGCAGCUGUUUUGGACUUCAAUUUGUUCAAAUGGAUGAACAGCCUUCUAUGAGCGAGGAUGGCGAGGACAUGGAUCAGACUGUAGACAGUUCUAAUGGUAAAGAAGUAACUACAGCUGAAGAAAGUUCUGAUAUGGAACCAUAUGUAGGUAUGGAGUUUGAAUCUGAAGAGGCUGCAAAGGUGUUCUAUGACGCAUAUGCUACACGCUUGGGAUUCAUUAUGCGUGUUGAUGCAUUUCGGCGAUCAAUGCGUGAUGGGAAGGUUGUGUGGCGUCGGCUUGUGUGCAAUAAAGAAGGCUUCCGUAAGCUAAGGCCUAGAAGAAGUGAAAAUAGGAAGCCUCGAGCAAUAACACGAGAAGGCUGUAAGGCCAUGAUUGUGGUAAAGAAAGAGAAAACAGGAAAAUGGGUUGUAACAAGAUUUGUAAAGGAGCAUAAUCAUCCACUGGUAGCUAUACCUUCUAAUGGUCGUAGAAGUGUGCUUUUAUCUCAAACUCCAGAUGAGAAAGAUGUAAAGAUUCGGGAAUUGACUGCAGAGCUACAGCGAGAGCGAAAACGAUCUGCAGCUUAUCAAGAACAACUUUACACGGUUUUGAGAGAUAUGGAGGAGCAUUCAAAUCACCUAUCAAGAAACAUUGAAGAUGUAGUUCAAAGUGUUAGAGAAAUCGAAUCAAAGAGAGUUCAAUAACUGCCCACAUUUAUCAAACUCACCAUCAUGGUAUGCAAUCACUCCUUCCAACAACUCUUCUCAGAUAUAAUGCAAGCUCUGAAGAGCGGCCUUCUUGAAGGAGUCUGAAAUGGGUAGAGUCCUUGCCAUGAGCGCAUUCAAGUCCUUCUCUAGCCUUAUUAAGGCGCACUCCUGCCGCAGAUAGCCAUGCAAUAUCACGAAGCAUGAAAUAACACCACACGAUGUCUAUCUGCAAAAUAGAGACAUUGUCAACAAGUUCAAUAGACUUAGGAUUGCAAAGAGAGAAAGCCUCCUCUCCCAUGACAGUGUAGUGGGAGCUACCUUAACUCGGGCGAGUCUGUGACUACGUUCUUCAUCAUCCAUCAAUUCCUGCUUCAAAGACUUGCCCUCCUCAAUAGAAGCACGAGUAGCAAGAAUCUUGGAGUUGUUUCGAAUACCCAAUUGGCUAAGUUUCUCACUGCCAUCGCCAUCUUUCAGGACUUCGCCGCUACAUAUUAACUUGAUCGAAUCAGUACCUGUAUUUGAUGGCUUUGAAACUCCUCUCUCAACAUAUACUAACUGUCAUUCUCCAAUUCUACCUCCACUACACCAACCCAUAUCGCUGCUACCUUUACUUUCGCCAUUGACGACAAUGUAAUGGGUUGUAUAAUAAUAUGAGAAAGAUUAAAUUUUCUUAAA